AUGUCCCUGGCGGUCUCUCUUCGGCGCGCGGCCGCGCGCCUGCUCCGGGGCGGCGCCGGCGCGGCGAGGGCCGCGUCUUCCGCCGCGCUGCCGGCCCUGGGCGGGGCCCGCUCUCCGGUGCGCGGACUGCAAGGUAGGGAGCUACCCGGGUUCCUAGGGAUCUGGGGAGGUCCCGCGGCGGGCGGUGGCGGGUCCUGGUGGUUCCGUUGCGCCGUGAGCAGCGUGUCCCGGCCAGGCCUGCUGGUGGAGCAGCUGCUCGUCGGGGGCGGGCGCUCCUUCGCCACAGGUGCUGUGCCGGAGGAGGUGUCCUUCAGCCCCGCCGCCCGCGAGGCGGAUGGAUCGCAGCCUGAGAAAUCCCUAGCCACCUCGGAUAAGGACAUCUUAGCGGAUAGGCCCUUGAAGCUUCUUUCUGGGUCGUCUUAUCUACCACAUCCGGAUAAGGAAGAAACUGGUGGCGAGGAUGCACAUUUUAUUUGGGAUGAACAGGCUAUAGGGAUAGCUGAUGGUGUUGGUGGUUGGGCAGACCUUGGUAUCGAUGCAGGUCAAUAUGCUAGGGAUAUUAUGUCUAAUGCAUUGACUGCAAUAGAAGAAGAGCCAAAAGACAGUAUCGAUCUUACAAGGGUACUAGAAAAAGCCCAUAGUGGCACAACAGUGAAGGGUUCAUCGACAGCAUGUAUCAUUGCUUUAACCGAUCAGGGUAUACAGGCAAUUAGUAUUGGUGAUAGUGGCUUUUUAGUCAUCCGAGAUGGCUGCACAUUGUUCAAGUCACCUGUACAGCAACAUGAUUUCAAUACCCCCUACCAACUUGAGAGUGGCAACUCUAGUGACUUGCCUAGCGCUGCGCAGGUGUUCAAGGUACCUGUUGCGUCCGGUGACGUAGUUGUUGCUGGCACAGAUGGGUUGUUUGACAACCUGUACAACAAUGAUAUAACGGCAGUGGUGGUCCAUGCGAUGAGAGCUGGCCUGGAACCCCAAGUGACUGCUCAGAAGAUAGCUGCGCUCGCACGCCAGCGUGCGAAAGACUCGGACAGGCAGACGCCAUUCUCGACCGCGGCCCAAGAAGCUGGGCUCCGGCACUACGGCGGAAAGCUGGACGACAUCACUGUCGUGGUUUCGUACAUAACCGCUUUCAGCACUUAGUAAGGCCAUGGACUUGGAAUAGUUUGGCAGUUGCCUCCCCUUUUUGCUCUGUAGAUAUACUCGGCCCCCCUUUUCAGCUCUGUUUUUUCCCCUACUAGACUAAAGCUGAGCUGGACGCUUUAUUGUUUGUAAGUAUGUCGACUGGAUGAAUACAGUAGCUGUAGUUAAUUGCAGACAAUCUUUCUAGUGCUGUGAGAAAAGCAUCAAAGGGCGUCAAAUGCAGCAUCUUAUUUUCUUUA